AAUAAGUGACAUUAACUUCAAUGGAGUCAUCUAAUGAAAAAAUGACGGACAAAAGAAAAGUUUUAGGAAAAAAUAAUGAGGAAACAAGAAGUUAUUUUACAUGGAAUUUGGAAAUGGAACGUGUAUGGGCUGAUGUACUUAGAGAUCAAAGGAAUUUGGGCAACAAAGGUGACGGAGGUUGGAAAAGGUCAGCAUUGAAUGCUGCAGCCGCGGUGUUAUCUACAAGCUUCAAUGUUAAUGUCACAUCAGAUAAUGUCAAAAACCGUAUCAAAUUAUGGAGAUCAUGGUAUGGUAUUGUAAGUGACAUCCUUGGCCAUAGUGGAUUUGAUUGGGAUGGCACUAAGCACAUGAUCACAGUUGAGAAUGAAAAUGCUUGGAAUGAAUAUUGCACGUCGCGAAAAUCGGCUAAAUCGUUUCGAUUCAAGGUGCUUCAAAAUUGGGAUGAUAUAGUGAAUUUGUGUGCUAAAGAUAGAGCCACCGGUCAUGGAGUGUUAUGGAUGCUGAUGAAGAGAUGAGUAGAGAAACAAAUGAAGUGGAAUCUAUGGGGUUAGGUGCUACUGACAUAGAUUUAGAAGAAUCAAGCUCUAAUACAAAAGGAAAAAGAAAAGGUUCGACUUCUUCUGGCACACAUCCUCACAAGAGAAAGAUGGGAGAAAAGUUAAUUAUUCAGGUUCCUCGACUUUUUUUUUUUAAUUUGGACCUUGUAAUUCUUGUUUAAGAUCUUUGUUUGGAACUUGAUUAAUUAGGACCUUGUAAUGCUUGUGUUGAUUCGUGUUUAUGCGUUGAUGCGUUAUUAACAAUUUGAUGCAUUAUUAACUAUUUGAA